AGAAUCAUCCAUCCUUAGUCAAUCGCCACAAUUUGGAAGCUAGUGCUGCGCGCUGAUCCAUCCGUUCUUGAACUAUCAUGUCUUUCAAGCAAACGUCUCUGUUUCCACCGACGCCUAACACGACCCGCGGAACGUCAACGAAACUAAGUGCGCACAAGGACAAGAUCGUCUAUACAAAUGGGAAGUCGGUUAUCAUUCGUGAUCUGAACAAUCCAUUGCUCGCGACUGUGUACACGGGGCAUGUCCAGAACACGACGGUCGCUCGAAUCUCUCCAUCAGGGUACUACUGCGCGUCUGCGGACGCCUUCGGGACCGUACGGGUGUGGGACACCGUAGGGGAAGAUCAGGUUCUAAAGGGGGAGUACAAGGUCAUCGCAGGUCGCAUAAACGAUCUGGAAUGGGACGGAGAAAGCAAGCGGAUCAUCGCCGUGGGCGAUGGGCGGGAGAAAUUUGGACACGCUUUCAUGAUGGAUAGCGGCUCGUCCACUGGUGAGAUCGCUGGCCAUUCCAAGGCGAUCAAUGCUGUCGCUAUCCGCCACCAGCGUCCUUUCCGUGCUGUGACAGCUGGAGAUGACGCUAAUAUCAUCUUCCACCAGGGUGUACCGUUCAAGUAUGACAAGACCAUCCGGACACACACCAAAUUUGUCCAGGAUGUGCGUUACUCUCCUUCCGGAGACCACUUCGCGAGUGUGGGCUCGGACUACAAGGUGUUCUUGUACGACGGCAAGACUGGGGACACGAUUGCAGAGUUCACCGACAGCCCGCACAAGGGUAGUGUGAUGGCUUGCUCCUGGAGUCCGGAUAGCAAAUCUUUCGCAACAUCGUCAGCCGAUGGAACCGUCAAGCUUUGGGACAUCGAGACUCAUAAAGCAACAACUACCUGGUCGCUGGGAGCUGGAGUGAACAACCAACAGGUCGGAAACGUUUGGAGUCGUGAAACGGACAUCGUUUCUCUAUCGUUGUCUGGGGAUCUCAAUGUAUUCGAUUCCCGUGCGGGAGAUAAGCCAGGCCGUGUAUUCACGGGUCCCCAAAAGUCAAUCACCGGAGUGGCCCCAUCCAGUAACGGAACUUUCCUUGCUGGAACUGCCGAUGGACGGAUCGUCGAAUACACAACCUCCUCAGGCGAAACCAAAGCCGUACAUGGACAAUCCCAUACCGGCCUGGUUGUGGGACUUGCAUCUGGGUCGAACGGCAAGAUCUUCUCGGCAGGCUUUGAUGAUCGACUUCGAGAGAUCCAAGCGGCGAGUUUCACUGAAGCUUCCAUCGGGACUGCUUCUCAGCCAAAGGCGAUCGCAGUUGCUGCGGACGGGACGGUAUUUGUUGCCGAAGCCGGGGGAGUCGAAGCUGUGCGGGACAACCAGAAGGUGACGCAUCUGGCCACCAAAUUUGUGCCGAGUGCUGUGGGAACGAGCGCGUCGGUCGUUGCGGUUGGAGGAGAGGAUCAGAAAGUCAGGCUCUAUGAGUGGAGUGGGACAGCAUUCAAGGAGACCGGCGUUCUCGAUAACAACAAGGGUGUUGUCUCGGCCAUUGAGUUCUCUCCAGACGGAGCUCUGCUGGCCGUUGGUGAUUCUAGCGGUCGGAUAGCUUUGUACGACGUGAAAGAGCAGAAGUUGGUCACUGCCCGAUGGUCCUUCCACUCUGCUCGCGUUAACUCUUUGUGUUGGACCGCUGAUUCCAAGCACUGUGCUUCGGGAUCUCUGGACACCCAUGUGUACAUUUGGAGUGUGGCUAACCCGACUCGAAACAUUGCGCUCAAGAACGCAGGCCCCGGUGGUGUGAACAGUGUGCUCUGGGUCGGAGAGGGCAAGUUGGUCAGUGCUGGCGCAGAUGGAUGUGUCAGGCAGUGGGACGUGGUACUCCAUAAUUAACCUGAAUGCACCGGCAUUGUAUUCCAUGAUGUGGUUGGCCCUAUACUCCUGCCGGACUCAUUAUCACAUUGCAUACUGAUCCAGUCAGCAUCGCAUCGCUAUGCUACUUUUUACGCUCCAAACGCCAUUUGUAGACUCUCGGCUUGUAGGUCUUGGGAUCCACGAACUUUGGCUUCGGCUCCUUUCGUUUUCCUCGCCUCGCGUCAAUCUCAUCUUCAUCUUCCUCGUCAUCGUCUCCGUCCACAGCCUCGACACCCGCAAUUUUUUGCCGCGCGCCUUUGCCCAUGAGUUGGCGUUGCAUCUCGAACUCUCGUUCUGCAUAUCGCAGCUGUCGAUCACGGAAUAACCGCGCAGAAAGCUCCUUCAACAGGCGCGUGCGAUUGGUGCGGGCGACUUCCAGGUGCUCUUCCUCGUC